UUGUUAAUUAUAUUUUCCAGACAUUUGUGCCUAGUUUUCAGCUUUUCAGUCUGGAAAGAAAUGUUGUGAGAAAUGAUUUCCCCUGAUGCAAUGCAAAUGUUGAGCGUCAAGAAUGACGUAUAGCCUAUCUGUUUAGACAUCAUAAAGGAGAUUCUGUAAUUAUGUUCGAUGUGUAAUUAUGACACAUGACAUAACGGUGUUAAGUUAAACCGAACGUUCUGACACCCUAUUAUGAUGCUAUUUAUAACCUAUUUCAUUUGAGGAUUUGAUUUAUAAGACAGACGGAAAGGGUCUACAAACUUGCAAGUUGUGUCUCAACUGUCUGAACGCCUGAAGUAGGCGCUUGGAGUCGGAGAAGUGUCUGGGUAGAUAUGGAUACAGAGGGGGGCGGUGCGUCAUUGCGCUUGGAGAAUGAGAAACUGCGGUACGAGAAUGACAACCUGAAAAUAAGGCUUGGCUUGAUGAAGGAAAACUUUGAUCUGAAGUCCAAACUGCAAACCUCCGCUCUAACCAGCGAUACUCUCAGUGAAUCGACAGGUAACUGUUCAAGUAUGGUUUACGCAUUGCAAUCGACAUCGAUGUGGGUGAUGGUGGUGCGUGUGCCGCUCUUUGCCACUAGAGGACGUCCAAGACAUGUGACACGUCCGUACCGUUAGAAUUAAUAAACAGGGUUGGAAAAACUGAAAAAUUGGAAUUGGAUUUACACUAUACGGCGUGAAAUGAAAUUUAAUUAAUCCCAAUAUCAGUACUGCCAUGCAGGUCCGAGCAAAGCACCAGCUAAAAUAUUGGACAUAUAAUAAUAAUAAUAUUAAGGGUGGCAGAUAGCCUAGUGGUUAAGAGCUUUGGGCCACUAACCGAAAGGAUGAUGGUUCGAAUCCCUGAGCCGACGAGAUGAAAAACCCUGUAAGGAGCUCUGGAUAAGAGCAUCUGCUAAAUGACUAACAUUUAAAUAAUUUAUUCAAUUUAUAAAGCUCUAUUCAUUACAUAAAGACAUCUCAUAGUGAUGUAAAGCAACAACAACAAAAAACAAACAAUUUAAAAACUACAUUAUGUUCAUGAGUUGAUCUAAGGACAAGAGACUGAAGGUUGAGAACGUUCAUGGUUCCAUUGUUUAGACGUUGCCAGAUCUUAAAAGGCCUGGAUAGAUAUUUUACCUAUCGACUAACCAAAUCAUAUGUUAUAGCAAUCUGUCAGUCGAUGACGUCGCACGCAACCAUUGAUUGAUGCAUGCGACGUCUAAGCAACUCAUGGCUUGAGUGAGGUCAGCAGAGGGAGGAUGUAGUCAAAGGGGAGAGCAUCUACAUAUAUUUGCUUAUUAUUUUUAGCCUGGUUUCUUUUUGUCUCAAUUUGUCACCCUUUUUGCAUUUAGAAUUGAUUCUGAUGUGUAUUUCCUACCCACAGGCAGGAACACAACUAUUCAGUGGCAAGACAUCGUGGAUGAGGACAGAUUCAAACAUGAGCUGCAUCAAUCUUCCAAACAUCCUCACAGAACGUCUUCCCUGGUUAACCUGGAGUCCUACACCAAGAGCUGCAUGUGCACAGACCCACGAGAACAUGAAGAUACUGCAAGCUGUUCUUACGUCAUGUCUCAGAAGGUGAAAGAUCCAGAGCGGUUGGUGGGGGAGAUAGCCUUCCAGCUGGAUCGAAGGAUCCUGUCCUAUGUAUUCCAGGGCCAGAACAGACUCUAUGGGUUCACUGUGCUCAAUAUACGAGACAAGAUCAUUCAGGUGUCCACACACCCUCUGACGGGGAAGGUGGACGAGGGCUACAGGCUCCAGCUGUCCCAGCGCCACGCUGAGCUGAUGGCCAAGUUGAAGCAGCUAGGCUAUAGUAUGACUCUCCACCCCCCCUUCACAGAGUUCAUCAUCAACACCUACGGCAUCCUGAAGCAGAGGGCUGACUCCUACAGCGCCCAGGAGCUGGGAUACAACAGCCCGGACUUCCUCAGGAGAGUAGUUAUCAACACAGCCCCCUCCAAACUGCUGAAGGAUCUCCUGCUGCUGUUCAGUUGCCUCUCUUUCAUGGCCAGGCAGGACGCCAAGCCCCUCUUCCUCUGGUAGACGGGCUGGGAAUAGCUCUGGUCCCGGGCGUUACGUGCAGCUUGCUGAUUCUGAGCCUUUUAUAAAUGUUUAGGACCAGAGCCAGACUGGGACGGCCACUGAAACCACCUCCCUCCACAGCAGAGCAGUCGUCUGUGGAGAGUCAAGGUUUUACACUAUAAACAAAUGACUCAAACCCUUAA